UACCCAUUAACAAUGGAAUCAACAUUGCAUGCCACAUAUACUCUUAUGAACCAUCCUUCCAACAAGAUCUAUCUGGAGGAACUUUAACUAUUAGAGGAGUGUCAACAGUUCAAAAUAUACAAUGGUCCAUUGCUUUGCAAACAUUGUCAUGGCUGCCGCCUACAUUUUAUUCUGAUGACAUACCACAAGGAGAAGACCCAAUUUAUAAUAUACUAGUGAAUAGUAUCAGCAUUGUCAAUACUACCAGUACUAGUGUAUGGUUGAAUAUAUCUUCUUGUACCACUGAAUUUAGUGUCAGUAUUGUUACUUCUAUUGAUGAAUAUCAGUCAACAGCAAUGGAGUAUAGUGUAGAUAAUGCUGGUGUUUACAACAUCAGUAUUGUUAACUAUACUCUACUAUUCAAUGAAACUAGAAAAUACUUUUAUGUGGAGUUGUUGAAUUUUGUACAGAGCAACAAAAGGUUUUGUGACAUUGCCAUAGUUGGCAAAAUUGAAUCUUGUGAGGAAGAUGCUGAUAAAUACUAUUCUCCAGAGAAUAUUGCAACUAACAUGAGAGAAACAUAUGUACUGUACAUAAUGGAUGGACUUGAGCCUUGUAAAACAUAUACUGCAGUGAUCAGUGUAAUGAAUACUCUGAAAAAUAAAAUUGAAAAUGAAGAUAAUGUUAACAUUACUACAAGUUCUAAUAGUAUACAAGAUGUUGUUUUAUCUAUUGAAGGGGAUGGAUCAGUUAGUGUUCGAUGUGUUUAUGAAGAAUCAUCAACUGUUGAUGGAUGUCAUGUGAUAUUUACACACACUACUACUGGAAAGAAAGAAUACUUCAAUGUAACAUAUGAUAAUAGUGCACUGAUAUCUUUACCAACAAAUGGAAACUACACUGUAACUGCAUAUGCCAUUACUAACAUGACUAUUGUUCCGUGGUCAUGUGUACAACCGAAAGAAGUAGCUCUGACUAUAACCACUGAAACUGCAUUAGAUCUAUACAGCUCUUCAUGGACUGAUGGUAUAACAUCUAGUAUCAUUGAUAAUGCAUUCUAUGUGUCAUCAACCAUUGUAAUAUCAGUGCUACCCACAGUAGUCCCUAGUAGUCAAUCAACACAAUCAGCUUUGAUGAUAGUACUCUUAUCAACAUUUGGGGGCCUGUUACUGGUACUUAUGUUACUGAUAAUGAUCAUAUGUUCAUAUUUUCCAUUAUAA